AUGACAUCUCCCAACACCGACAUCAUGGACCAGUUUCAGGCCGGCAAGGCGAUCCUGAAAUAUAUCUAUACUGACGUUAUCGGCCCUACUGAGGGAAAGGUCCCUCGUGACGAUGAACCACGAAUUGUCGACAGAUACCGCAUCAAAAUCGAUCGACGAAGCGGAGAGCUCUCGGUCCCCAAGAAGAUCGAGAUCACGGACGAAGAAAUGCGACAAGCCAUUUUCGCUGCGACCGGCGACACGGUCGCGACCUCGAGCAGAUAUACGGACGGAGGUUUCAGCAUCUCAUACAAAGUGACGGUCGUGGGCAAACCCGACACCGCGUAUAUCGUUCAGAUGCGCCACCACGGAAAAGUGGCUUCCAUGGACGCGUUGAUGAAGUUUGUCGAUAAUUACAACCAAGUCAAGCCAGGCGUGAUCCCAAUGCCUGCCGUGUAUUCUAUUCCAGGCGAAGCAGAGCAUCAACAGAGGACCGGGUUCGGACGGCAGAUCACGGAAUUCAUUCCUGGCGUUAUGGCAGAAACAGUCUAUCCCCAGAUGCCCCAUUCCGACAAACUCCAAUUCGUGCGCAAGAUGGCUCUAGCUUGGCAGGGUGUCUGGGAUUUGCCCAUCCAUCCCUCUGAGUUGCCUCAUCAAAUAGGAGAAUUGUCGGCGGAGGAUGUCGAUGGCUGA